AUGGGGGCAAGGACACCCCAGGAGCAAGGGGACCUGGAAAGUGAAGAUGUCCCUUUAUCGAGACUCUGUGGAGAGGACACUGAGAUGGAAACAGCAGAAGAGCCAACCCCAAGUCUUGGGCAGACCCUGGAGUGGCUGAGAAAGGAGCUGGCUGAGAUGCAGGUUCAGGACCAGAGACUGCUGCUCACACUGAGGCAUCUUCACAGGGUCCUGGAGGAACUGCGUGCUAAGAGUGCUCACUGGGACGAUGCCACGUCCAGCAGAGGGACGUCCCCCAUCAGAGCUCGAGCGGGCUCUGAAAGCCGGGGCUGCCCCUCCAUCUCCUCCAAGGCGUUGGCCCAGCUCCUCCGAGGGGCAGACAGCCGGCGAAGCUCCCUCCCUUGA